GGUUCGUUUGCAAAUCAAAGUACCUAUUCAGUUGGCUCUCUGCCAUGUUCUGCAGCUGUUGGCGAUUUCAACAGUGACACUCGACUGGAUAUUGUUGUUGCCAAUUGGAAUGAUCACACUGCAAGUGUGCUUCUCGGAUAUGGCGAUGGUUCUUUUGCAAAUCAAACUACAUAUUCAGCUGGCAGUCAUCCAUCUUCUGUAGCUGUUGGUGAUUUUAACAAUGACACUCGACUGGAUUUCGUUGUUGCCACUGAACGUGAUAGCACUGUACAUGUAUAUCUCGGAUAUGGAAAUGGUUCGUUUGCAAAUCAGAUUAAAUAUUUAACUGGCACUGGUCCAUUCUAUUUAGCUGUUGGUGAUUUUAAUAAGGACACUCGACUGGACAUCGUUGUUGCCAAUAUUGAGGACUUUACUGUAAGUGUAUUGCUUCAUUAUAACAAAGGAUCUUUAGGUAACGAAAUAACAUUUGCAUCUGGUGGUGGUUCUCGUCUGCGAUAUGUUGCUGUCGAUGAUUUUAACAAUGAUACAAUGGCAGAUCUUGUCGUCGUUAAUUAUGGCACUAAUGAUAUAGGUGUACUUCUUGGAAAUGGUAAUGGAUCGUUUUUAGAGCAGCAAACGUUUUCAACAGGCACAAAUCCAGAUUCACUUGCCAUAGGUGAUUUUAAUCAAGAUGGCUAUCACGAUUUUGCUGUAGCUAAUUAUGGUAGUAAAAACAUUGAUAUGCUUGUUGGAAAUGAAAAGGGAACAUUUACACGUCAAUUAACUACUGGAUCUAGCUUUAUUUUCGCUCCUGUAGUUGUUACUGCUGGUGAUUUCAAUAAUGACGGACAAUCAGAAAUUGUUGUCGCAUAUGACAAUACUGAUAAUAUAGAUAUAUUGGUUGCAUUUGAUACUGGCGCUUUUAUAAAACAAAUUACGUACUCAACUGGGCCUCUUCCAAAUUCUGUAGCUGUUGGUGAUUUCAACAAUGACACUCUACUGGAUGUUGUCGUUGCCAAUAGUGGUGGCAACACUGUAAGUGUACUUCUGGGAUAUAGCAAUGGUUCUUUUGCAAAUCAAACUACGUAUACAGCUGGCAGUCAUCCAUAUUUUGUAGCUGUUGGUGAUUUCAACAAUGAUACUCGACUGGAUAUCGUUGUUGCCUAUGGUGGAGGCAACACUGUAUGUAUACUUCUCGGAUAUGGCAAUGGUUCGUUUGCAAAUCAAACUACAUAUUCAAUUGGCUCUUCUGCAAGUUCUGUGGCUGUUGGUGAUUUCAACAAUGAUACUCGACUGGAUAUCGUUGUUCCCCAUGAUGUUGACAGCACUGUAGGUGUAUUUCUCGGAUAUGGUAAUGGUUCUUUUGCAAAUCAAACUAUAUAUCCAACUGGCAUUGAUCCAAGUUUUGUAGCUGUUGGUGAAUUCAACAAUGACAGUCGACUGGAUAUCGUUGUUACUAAUUUUGAUGACGCCACUAUAAGUAUACUUCUCGGAUAUGG